AUGCCGCAUGCCGCAGAGAAAAAUCGCAAAAAAUCGUCGUCCCGUACGGUAGAAAGGGCGCAAGAAUUCCGCAUGGUCCAUUUCCCCGACAGACCCCUAAAAAGAGCUCCGUACGCAGAUUUUUCCAGAGAAGAAGAUUGCAAACGCAUGCUAUCGGACCUAUUGGACUGGUGGACUGGUAAGGCGCAGCCGCCGAUUAUGCGUAGCAGAAGAACGAGCCGGGAUCUCGAGAAAGAGACGGAGUGUAUGAACGGGAUUCGACUAGAGGUGGAAAGAAGAGAGUAUCAAGAGAAUUACGAGAAUCAGAGUCUGAGACAGAGACGGGGGAUUCAGACGGAGUUGACGUUGAAUACAACUUGUUGCCAGAUGGCAGAAGAUUGCAGAAGAUAUAGAAUCCUGUCAGAACCUCAAUAUGUAUCGCAGCAAAUUCUUUUACCGAGAACGACUUACAACCCUCAGUCCAUGACGAAAACCUCACAAUUAUAUCAAGAUGCAUCUCCGUCACCAGUGUCAUCACCCAUCGUAUAUACCUCUAGUCCAGCAACAGAAUCCUCUACAGUAUGUUCUCAAAGCCCAGCUCUAUUCACAUGCCCCCUCUGUCGCUCGCAAUCAAUAGACAACCACGACGGCCUCUGCAACACCUGCAAAGAAGAAUUCACAAUGUCAACUAGUAGUUUCUACGAAGAUGACGAGAGUAUCCUACAUUCCUCUGCCUGCUUUCCCCAGCAUCUUGCUUCAAAGUCACUUUGUUCAUACUCUGGUUCAGUGUACUCGCUGGAUACGAGCUCCACAGACGACAGGAAAUCCACAGUAUCUCCCAUAUUGCUAGAUGUUGCCGAUGAUCCAACAUUGUCUGUGCCGCUAUGUUGGAUGAUAGGAGACGAAAAUAUUACAGGACCCAAUAAGAGUGGACCAGCAAGUUAUCAGAAUCAGAAUAGAAGAGCAUCAGUCGAAAAAGAACAAUUAGGUUUAUAUGAUCUCGAUUGGGCAGAUUAUUACUUCGAUAGAUGA